AUGGACGUCGCGCAUUUACUGCGAGCAAACACCAAAGAAGACCCAUCACUGUUUUUCGUUGGAGGGGGGGUUGAAUCGCGAAGUGAAGAAGAGGGAUAUGGCUGGCGAGCGACGGACUCUCGACAUAUAAAGGCCUUCAAGGGGAUGCCCUCGACGUGGAACUGUUCUCUAUCAUGCAUCCUUCUCUCCAGCAUAACAACUGCCUCCCUUCUCUCUUCUUCUCUUUCCAACAGUCAAAAGUCAACAGUCUUCGCCCUCUCGAGGAUGGUCAAGUACGCUCUCCUGCCCCUGGUGGCCGUCUCUCUUGUCCAGGCUGUCAGCCCCGAAUGGCACCAUGGCCGACUGCCCAGCUUCGGGGUCGACGAGCUGGUCCACACCGGCUGCACUGCCUGGAUAAACGUGGUUGACGUUGCGGGCGGGCUCACCUGUGAAGCCUUCUUGACCACCGUGAAUAUCUCCAAGGAGCACUUCAUCUCCUUGAACCCUCAGCUCAACUCUGAAUGUUCCAACCUCAGAAGCAAACGGUCUUACUGUGUUUACGUGCCCGACAAAUGGCACACUAUCUCCGUAGGGCUUCACGACAAGCGGAACGUGGCAACCGGAAUCCCCGAGCCACCGUCUACGCCGCCGUUCAUGCCGCCCCAGGGAACGGAGGGAAAGGCGGCGGCCCAUCCCACGACCCUGACCAAGCGCCUGAGGCCAACCGGGGCUGGCUGCUCCAAGCGUAGUGCGCCGGCCCCAGCUGGCACCGGCCCCAGCUCCGUCGCGAUACAGGGAUGCAGGCAGCACCACACCGUCAAGGCCGGGGACACCUGCGUAGAAAUAGUCAAGCAGUACCCUGGCCUCGUCCUCGGCCAGUUCUUCAAGAUGAACCCAUCUCUUGACACCGACUGCCAGGAGCUGCAGGUAGACGAGAGAGUCUGCGUGGACGGCAGCCCGACCGCCAGAUACCCGGUCCCGUCCGCCACUGCAGCACUCGCCGCUCGCGGUGCCCAGGGCUGGCCUUCUCCCACCAAGCCAGGAACCAACCCGGGAUGCAAGAAAUUCGAGAUGGUCAAGAAGGGAGACUCGUGCGAGGGCGUCUCCGGCAAGCACCACAUCUCCGUCGCACAGCUCAAGCAGUGGAAUCCCGCGGUAGGACCUACCUGUGAGAAGCUCGAGAUUGGAUACUAUGCCUGUGUCGGUGUCUAA